CGGUUCCCCCUGCCGGAGACCAGCGGCAUCUGGGAGGGAGGAGAAAAAGGAAACAAGCAGAGAACGGAGGGGUGGAGAAAAAAUAAGACAGGAUCACUGCGAGGAAUACGUGAACCCGCAGGAGAAGAGGAAGCUGCUGCUUCAGUGAAGCCCUCGUGAUUGGAUGAAGAAAGAACCACUGACUACCAGUAUGGACCUGCUCCAUCCUGGAGUGUUCCACCAUCCUUAGCUCUCAUAUCUGCAGCUGAGUCCACUCAACUCUGAACAGUGACCACAGACUGUCAGGCGAUCUGUCUUGUGCCAUGAUGAUGUCAGUAGAUGUGACCAAUCGUAACGGCCCCGCUGUCACGCCCCCCACCUCACUCAGUCUUCGCUCCUCACACAACCAGCUACUCACCAGCGAUGUCAUCAAACAAGGCUCCGCCACGCCUCCCAAAUGUCGGAAGAAGUAUGCACUUACCAGCAUCCAGGCCGCCAUGGGUCUCGGUGAAGCGGUGCCACCUUCAUCAUCACCUCCAUCAUCAUCCCCAUCACAGUGCUCAACUCCCAACAAUCCCAAACUAGCAAAGAACGGGGCAAACCAGCUCCGAAAAGCUGGCCAGGACCACAACAAAAACACUACUGGCCCUGAGUCGAUGGAGCUGGAGUGUAAUUCAGAAAUAAUAGCAGAUGACCUUAAUGUCAACAUAGCAGAGGAACAAGACAGUCACACUCUCACUAAUAAUGACCGAGAGGAAGAUGACGACCUUCACCCAGACACUCACAUUGAUGCAGAGCCUGAGCAGAGAACAGAACCUGACAUAGACUGUAACAUAAACACGACUGCGGAGCUCAAACUGAGCAGCAGCACAGCUGACUUGGACUUGGACUCAGAGGAUACCAAUGACAUCAGCAUCCUGUCUGAGAAGGAAAUGAUGUUGAAGAUGAAGAUUGAGGAAGAUGAGAUGGUGGAGGAACAGGAAGAUGAGGAGAAGAAGCCUUUACUGAUGAUAAACGGCGAGCCUCCAGUGAAGAACCACAAAGUUUCUCCAGGCCUUGAACUCAUCUCUGACCUCCACUCCAAUCUCAAGCUCCUCAAGAACUCUCCAGUACCCCCUCCUCCUUCCCCACCCAGGCAAGCCAGCCCAGAAGACACUCCCCUGCUCUCCAUGGCCUCCUGCCCCUCCUCUUCCUCCUCAUCUUCCUCUCCAGAGACGAAGAAAGACAGAAGAACUGGCGCGAAAACAGACUGUGCUUUGAACCGCAUCCAGAAUCUGAACCCCAGUGACGAGGAGCUGAGCUGGACUACCUUGUCCCAGGAGAGCAACUCUCCAGAGGAGACAGAUAUCUGGAGUGCGUCGUUCCAGACAGACCCUGACCUGCCUCCAGGAUGGAAGAAGAUCACAGAUAUGGCUGGUAUCUACUACUGGCACAUUCCUACUGGCACCACUCAGUGGGAGCGGCCCGCCACCCAUCCACCUCCACCUGGACAGACAGAGUCCCCGGCCCUGGGUGACCACUCAGCCUCAACACCACGUAAACACUCCCUGGGCUCACUCAGCCCCUCACCCACUCCUGACUAUGAGUCGUGCCAGGCGGAGAUCUUUAGGGGGUCGACCCGAUCAGGCAGCACCACCUCUGACAGCUCAGUGGAGCCUCUCUCUACUCACGAGCCCACCCUCCCCACAUGUGGAUUUGUCAACAGCUGCUACUUUCCGCGCUCCACAUCUCUGCAGGGGAUGCCCGAUCAAGAGUGUCGCUCUCAGCGUCACGAAGAUGAGGACAAGAAACAGGUGUGGAGUGAGUUUGGAGGAAAAAUUGAUAGUGAAAUGUGGAAGGACCUGCAGGCAGCCACGGUGAACCCUGACCCCAGCCUGAAAGAGUUUGAGGGUGCCACGCUUCGCUAUGCAUCACUCAAGCUAAGGAGCCGUCCAACAGCAGAAGAAGAGGAAUCCAGCAGCGUCAACAGUGACCCUGAAGCAAAGUGUUUCGCUGUGCGCUCUCUGGGUUGGGUGGAGAUGGCCGAGGAGGACUUGGCUCCUGGAAAGAGCAGCGUCGCUGUUAACAACUGCAUCCGACAGCUGUCCUACUGCAAGAAUGACAUCCGCGAUACCGUUGGAAUCUGGGGAGAGGGGAAGGACAUGUACCUCGUGCUGGAGAAUAAUAUGCUGAACCUAGUCGACCCCAUGGACCGCAGCGUGCUUCAUUCUCAGCCAAUUGCAAGCAUCCGUGUUUGGGGCGUUGGCCGGGACAAUGGCAGAGAGAGGGACUUUGCAUAUGUGGCGAGGGAUAAAAACACCAGGAUCCUGAAAUGUCAUGUGUUCCGCUGUGACACGCCAGCCAAAGCCAUCGCCACCAGCCUGCACGAGAUCUGCUCCCGGAUAAUGACAGAAAGGAAGAAUGCCAAAGCGAUGGCAGGAGGCUCCCUCCAGGACAGGAUGCAGGCAGGACUCGAUCUCCCUUUACAAGCAGAGUUCCCCACACCAAAGACAGAGCUGGUUCAGAAGUUUCAGGUGCUCUACCUUGGGAUGAUGCCUGUGGCCAGACCGAUAGGCAUGGAUAUACUGAAUGGAGCUAUAGACAGUCUGAUUGGUUCUUCCAACAAAGCGGACUGGACUCCAGUGGCCCUCAAUGUGGCGGAUGCUACGGUCACCAUCAGCAAAGAUAAGGAUGAAGAGGAAGUGCUGGUAGAGUGUCGCGUCCGUUUCCUGUCUUUCAUGGGCGUUGGGCAUGACGUGCACACGUUUGCCUUCAUCAUGGACGCUGGCGGCCAUCGUUUCGACUGUCACGUCUUCUGGUGCGAACCCAACGCUGGGAGUGUGUCCGAGGCUGUACAGGCAGCUUGUAUGCUGCGGUAUCAGAAGUGUUUGGUGGCUCGACCUCCCUCCCAGAAGGCCUGCGGCUCAUCACCUGCCGGCGACUCGGUGUCCCGUCGGGUCUCGACCAGCGUGAAGCGAGGCGUCCUGUCUCUCAUUGACACCCUCAAACAGAAGAGACCCGUCACAGAAUUGCCGCAGUAACCAUGCUGAAAUGCUGCCGGCUCUCUACCACAGCCGCAAGUCACCAUGGUAACUUGACGAAUCGCUGCCAAAACCCGUCACCACCGCAGACCCCAGUAGCCAUGGAAACACAGCAAAACCCCAGGGUUUGGGGGGGGGGGGGGGGGGGGGUAACCUGUCAUGACUCCUACACUGUUUUGGAAGCAAAUUGGAAUUUCACCUCAAGAGUUGAUCGGCUCUUGAGUGGCAAUUUAAGUCUGUUUCCUUCUAAUAAGUGAGAAGAAUAAAGGCGCCAGUCCCACAUCAGAAGAGGAAUGCCCGAGUGAUGGUCAUGAAGGUGAUAGUGUACAUAGAAGUACGUCUCAUUCCCCUCAGCUCAAAGCAGCGGAGGAGAAAAGGGCAGAAACUGAAGUAGUAGGAAGUGCUCCUGUGUGCUGCUGCCAAACAGCUGAUCUCGCCAUGCGCUUCAAGCAUUUGUGUCUGUGCCUGUGCUGACAGCAUGACCUUCCACACCUGGCCACACUCCCCGUCAUCCACCUGGUUGUCCUUCUGUGGCUUUUACCCCCCUCCUCGGAGCGCUCUUGCUCAUCGUCCUCAGUAGACCGUAACAUUAAACAGAUGAAAGGAAGGAGCCAUCAUGUCCGAGUUUCAUAUCAGUAGACAAUGAUUGGAAGAAAGAAGGGACCUGCUGCCGACUAAAGAGAGAUUUGUUUCAGUCUACACCCUCCAACCACUUGACCCUGCAUGAAGUUUUUAUCUAAAUGUGAAUCAUUCUAUACAAUAUCAAUACACUGCUGCUGCUUUCAGAGACUCAAGGGGUGAGAGAUCAGAAGUCACACCAAUUGUUUAUCCCGUCUUAUUCUGUGUUUCUCAUCAACUGUGCAAGAGACAGCCCACGAGGGUCUGAACGAGUGGUGACCUUUCACCUGAAACAUCCUUCACGCAUUUCCUGUUUACGUCUUUAUCCUUUUCUCAUCCCUCGGGGAAAUGACAGACGAUAGCCAUAACGGAGGAAGAGACGGGGGCAGACGAUGCUGACCCUCUCUCCUCUGCUUCCCUGCUCUCCCGUUAACCAGUACAGUGCUGCUCCAAACACAGGAGACUUCAGCAUGCUGCUGCUCUUUGAUACACAUGUGGGAGGAAGUGUGACUGAUUGUUCAUUUAAAUCCCACCUCAGUAUCUGUCAUCAGACUUCAUUUACACUAAUAAAGAGGAUAGGUGGCAUAAGAACAAGCAGAGAAAGAAGACAUGAGGAAUGUGUUUUUAUACCUGGGCAUGGUUGUGAUGAUAUUUUUAUUUUGUUUUUUUGGUCCACAGUUGAUAUCUGUGAACUGUGAGGUGAGAAAGAGAGAGGACAAUUUUCUCUUUAGCCGUGGAUAUUUUCUAGAGGAAAGCCAAGCAGAGAAACAGGACUUUAAUGGGCUGGGAUCUGUCCAGGAUUGCGUUAAGCUGAACACGUCUUCUGUUUCCUUUCUCGCUGUGCGUCUGAUUUCAUCAGUGUAACAAAAUUGCUUGCUCCGUGUCUGUUUUGUCCAGUUUCUCAGUUUCACACUGCUAGCUCCUUAUUAUCACGUAUCUGACAAGCCUGGAUUUUUUUUUUUGGUAAUAAAGUUCUAUCUUUCACCUAAAAUCCUAAACAUAUCUCCCCUCCUGGGUGUGGGGCAGCAGACUGAUACUGUGGUAAGUGGCCAUUUGGUAAACAGCCCGUCAAGCUUUGGAUUUACUCCCCAAUUUGUUUCGUAGACGAUGCUGCUACAUCAGAGCUCUGUCCUCUCCCGCAUGGAAACUGAAAAGCACAAAUGUGAUCUGUGUUUCUAGUUCAGCCUGCUGCAGUAUGAUGGUACAUAUUUCAUUGUGUACCUGAUUAGUAAUACUGGAACUAACAAGGUCUGUGCUGUAAUAAAAACAGUUUCCUUAUUCCAUGCCAUCAUCGUGGAUCAUUCUCUGCUGAGGGUGUGAACUUUUUGCCAGGAGUAGCGUCGCCUCUGACUUCUCCUGGUUAGCAGGAGGAGCUGCUUUUAUGCACGUCUGUGUGAAAUGGUUUUACUAGUUCUUGCUGAUAUGUGACGCAGCAUGUGUGAACCAGGCUAAAAUCCAAAAUUUCCUUUUUUUUUUUUUAACUUUAACUAAAAUUUAAAUACUCACAGAUUACCAUGCAAAACCAAAUUACAUUCAUCUUUUUAAAAUCGACAAGUUCAAUCCCAGGAGCAGACAGAUCACUUUGGGAUUGUGUCAGGAAGGAAAUCUGGUGGUUUAAAAAAAAAAAACGUGAAGCUACCUGCUUUGGUGAAAAAGGGAGCAGCCGAAUCUUUGAGUAAUGAUGCAAAUAUCUAAUAUCACAGAGACGAAAGUUGUGGUUACAACUCAAAUCAGGCGACAGUUUGGCUCACAGCUUGAGCAGGCGACCAUAUGCUGCAUAACUAAAUGCUGCGGCCCGGGUUCGACUCUGACUCGAGGCCCUUUGCUGUGUGUCUUCCCCCCACAGUGAUUUCUGUCUUGUGUGACGUCGUCUUGCACCUCGUGAGGGCUCCACAGGAAACAUAAAGAAACAGAUUUCUUCAGCCGUGUCACCCUCUUCUGUCGCAAGGAUGCUGAAAUGUGAAUGAGAUGACAAAACCUUUGUGUACAUAAUACCCAUUUAAUGUAACAUUUGGCAUUAAUCAUUGUUAUAAGCUAAUUUUUCUUUUUUGAAUGUCUUUAUUUCCCUCUUAUUUUCUUAAUGAAAUGCCUUUUUUGGGGGGAAAACUCACCAAAUGGCCAAAGUGUAAAAUACUGAUAUACAUUGUAGAUAAGAAAAAUGCGAGAGCAAAUGCUGAACAGAGGGGCGAUUGGAAAUUUCACCGCUGUCCGUUAAGUUGAUGCCGAAUUUAACUUAGCAAUUAUCUAUGCAUUCUUUUGAUCUGGAGAAAUGGAAAGUCAUGAAAAGCCUUGCAUGCUCUGGGAUGGUUGAAAGAGAUACUGUAUGUAUUGAACAGAAAUAUUUUUUAUUUUAUUUAUUCUAUUUUAUAAAAGGUAUAUACUGAUUUUAUUAGUUGGGGCAAGUAAAGUUUCCUGACUGUCAUCGUCUCAGUCCCUGGUCGAGUCACAACGCUACAACAAGCUCCGCUUUGCAGAAAAUAGCAGAUAAAGGAUUAUAUCUUCACCUUGUACAGUGUACUGAGAGCUGGGAGUCCACUGCUCGUCUGAACCGUUGAUGAGAGGAUGAGGAGGAAGAUUGUAGCAGCAGUGGACUCCUUGCAUCUCUGAGAGUCUUGCACAGAAACAACAAACACACACACACCAUUUCCCACUGAUGGAUGUGUCUGCUUCCGUUUACUGCUCACUGAUUUGUACACUUUAUCAAUGUAACCAAUUGUGAGAAUAAACAGCAUUAUAA